GGAGGGGCUGGGCACAAGAUGCCUCUGUCCCUUUCAGAUUCUGGUUCCACUGCCCCAACCCAGAGUCGCAGAGGCCUGCCCUGAGAUCUUAUCUCAGCUGUUUAUCACCCCAGGGUGAAGGUGGGUCCAGACCCGCCCCUCCUCAGCUUCCUAUAAGGGCUGGGGACCAGGACUGCAGGUUCACACACCAUGAGUCCCUCCACCCUCCUGCUGGCCUCCGCGCUGCUCUGCACGCUGCUGGGUCUCGGGUGCCCGCUAAGCUGUGAGAUGUGCAGGGCCUCCGGACCCACGUGCAGCGGCAAGACGAAGACUUGCGAGGCCGGCAAGGACGCAUGCGUGAUCGUCGUGGGGGAGUCCAGCACGAAGGGCCGCCACUCAGUGAACACCUACAAGGGCUGCAUGAAGUUCAGUGACUGCUACUCGGGUUUCGUCUCCACCACCACGGGCUCCCAGGACUACAUGGUGUCCACCACGUACUGCUGCCAGAGCGACGGCUGCAACCAAGGCUCCGUGCCCCGUAUAAUCAACGCCAAAUUUGCUACCCGGGGCUGUGCUACAGAGAGUGCCUGCUACGCCAAGGCUGGGGCCCAGGUGCCCUCAGCCUCCUAUCUCUACUUCCUCCGCCGAGCUGACUGCCUUCCUGCCCCCUGGCCCCCUGGCAGGGCUGAGUGAAGAACUGAGGAACAUGUGGCUUGUGGUCUCCAUUAGUCCUCGGCCUGCAGCUCCCCAUGUGCCUAUAAAUUAAAAAGGUUAACAAAGCAAGCCUGAGUCCUCGUGAUGUGAUGCAUCCUGGGGAGGCAGGGGAUGUAGACAUCGGGGCUCCCAACCCUUGGGAACCCCCUCUUUGCAAGGAACAGAGGGAAGACCCUACCUUUUAUUAAGGGAUUACUCUCUGCUGGGCCCCUGUGCUAAGUGUUUUCCAUGCUGUACCUCAUUUCAGAAUCACAACUCUAUGUAGUUGACAUUAUUAUCCCCAUUUUACAGAUGAACAAACUGAGGCACAGAUUGUGGUGUCACUUGCUUUGGGUCAAACUGCUAGGGAGGGUCAGACUCCAGA